AUGAAAAUGAGAAAUCACACCAUAGUGAAUGAAUUCAUCUUGCUGGGCAUCCCUGAGACACAGGGCCUGGAGACAGCCCUGUUCUUCUUGUUCUCAUCAAUAUAUUUAUGUACCCUCCUGGGAAACAUGCUCAUUCUUACUGCCAUCAUCUCCUUUACUCAGCUCCACACCCCCAUGUACUUUUUCUUGGGAAACCUCUCCAUCUUUGGCCUGGGUUUCUCUUCAACAACUGCUCCCAAGAUGUUGUCAUACCUUUCAGGACAGAGUAGAAAUAUCUCUUUUCAAGGCUGUGCUGCCCAGCUCUUCUUCUACCAUUUCCUGGGCUGCACAGAGUGUUUCCUGUACACUGUGAUGGCCUAUGAUCGCUUUGUUGCUGUAUGCUUUCCUUUGAGAUACAUGGUCCUCAUGAGCCACAGGGUGUGCUCUUCCUUGACCACAGGGACUUGGUUGAGUGGCUGUGUCCAUGCCAUAAUCCUGACCUCCCUCACCUUCCAGUUACCCUAUUGUGCCUCCAACAAAGUGGGCUACUACUUCUGUGAGAUGCCUGCAGUGUUACCUCUAGCCUGUGAGGACCCAUCUCUAGCUCAGAGGGCAGGUUUCACAAAUGUUGGUCUUUUGUCUCUCAUUUGUUUUUUUCUCAUUCUUGUUUCCUACACUCGUAUUGGGAUUUCCAUAUCAAAAAUUCACUCAACAGAGGGCAGACAGCGCGCCUUCUCCACUUGCAGUGCCCAUAUCACAGCCAUUGUUUGUGCCUAUGGGCCAGUCACCAUCAUCUAUCUACAACCCAGUCCCAGUCCCUUGCUUGGUGCCAUAGUCCAGAUUUUGAACAAUCUUGUAACUCCCAUGCUGAACCCACUGAUCUAUAGCCUGAGAAAUAAGGACGUAAAAUCAGCCUUGAGCAAUCUGUUUCCCAAGAGAAGCCUUGCUCUGGGAAGUAAAUGA